GGUGUCGGUAGCAAGUGCAGGCGGUACGAUAUGGCGAGGACUGUGCGACUGUUGCUGGCGAUGCUUGUGGGCUUGGCGAGGACCACGCACGCCGCCGACACCGCCGGCGCGGAGUCUCUGAGGUCCCUGGACCGCUUCCGGCGCCUCAUACCCUACAUGACCUUCUACUUCGCUCAGGAGAACGCAGCCGACGACCCGCAGUACGAGUCGCAGAUGAGCCGCGUGCCCGUGUUUGCGAUGGACAAGGUUCCGCAGUACCCGGGCAACCUCGCCACACUGCCGCCCUACCACCCUCCCCAGUUCACCUCCUUGCCGAGCUACCUGACGCCGCGGCCCUUCGCCCCGCCGACCAAGCCCCAGGCGUACAUCGUGCAGAACCCCACCCGGUACGUGUACCAGCCGCGGCGCGCCAAGACCUACACGACCCCCAAGCCCGUCAGCCUGCUGCAGAUCCUCUACCUGCUGCAGCUGGCGCGCAAGCUGCCCCAGAGCGCCGGCGUCAGCGGCCAGGAGACCCUCGCGCAGAUCGUCGACAUCCUGCACCGCGCCAACCGCAUCUCCCCGGAGACCGAGGCGACGCUCGCCAAGAUCUUCCAGGCCAAGGCCGAGCCCGCCCCGGUCGUGAGCGUCAACGGCGCGGCCGGCGUCCAGACCUACACCUCCUCCAGCACCACCGCGUUCGCGCCGCUCGAGGCGGACACCACCCCCAGGCCGUUCAAGGUCGUCUUCGUGCCCACGCCCUCGCCGGACCGCGACUACAGCGUCGCCCCGCGCAAGCUGCCCAAGGCGCGGCGGCCCGUCAGCGCGGUCCCGGACAGCGCCAACGAGGUGCACGACCCGGCCGACGAGCUGCCGCCGUCGUACGACUACGCGCCCCGCCGGCCGCAGACCUUCCACGGCGCCAAGUCGCACGUGCAGACCUUCCCGGACCCGCACAGCAGGGGCAGCACCCCGGGCACGCCCGGCGUCGACUACCCCACCUACUCCCGCAUCCCCGAGACCAAGUUCAGCUGCAAGAACCAGCGCUACAAGGGCUUCUUCGGCGACCCGGAUACGUCGUGCCAGGUGUGGCACUACUGCGACCUAAAUGGUGGCCAGGCAUCCUUCCUGUGCCCGAACGGCACCAUCUUCAGCCAAGUGGCCCUGACGUGUGACUGGUGGUUCAACGUGAGGUGCGCCUCCACGAUACAGUUGUACGUGCUCAACGAGCGUCUCUACAAGUACAUCCUGCCCGUGACACCCAGCUUCCCAGAGGACUUCACAGGGCCGGUGGUGGACCACUACCUCACCCUCAAGUUCAAGGAGAUCGAGCUCAAGAACAAGGAGAAGGAGAAGGAAAAAGAAAAGAACAAGGAAAAAGAGAAAGAAAAGCAGAAAGAUUAGCUCUACCAUGCAAUCACCUACCAACUCUACCACCUCAUCACUAUAAUUGAAACACAGCAAAAAUGAAAGGUUCCUUUCUUAAUUGCAGAUGUUGGCAAAAGAGUAGCUGGACUUCAAGUUGAUGUCAGAGUAAUUUCCUCGUUAUACAGACGUCAGCUGGAUACGUUGAGCACAAUUGUAAAGCAUUAAACAGCAAAACUCAUACAACAUUUACAACAUGCAAUUUGUAUUAGUACCAGCAUUCAACAAGACCAGCCAACAUGAAAGGAUAAAUUAGCAAUGUUAGUAUUUUCAGUGUAAGAAUGAGGAAACUCAAUGAAUGCAGUGUAACAAAAACUGGGUCUCAUACGAUGGACAAAAUGGAGCAUACAUACUACGUAAUAUUAUUUUUAAGAAAAAUAUUCAGUUCAUAGAACUUGCUUGUUUGAAACCAACCAAAUUUAAAAAAACUCUUGACAACAUAACCAAUAACCAAAUUAUAACAACAUAACCAAUAACCAAAUUAUAGGACAAUUAGGAACUACUUAGUAGUAGUCAAAAUUUAAAAAAAACUGACAUAUGAAAAACAGUAGAUUACAUUUCACCAUGAAUGGUGCACAGUAGUCCAAAAUGGUAUGUACUGCUGAACAAAUUAUAUUUAUGGCAAGGCUAAUCUGUGUGUACGUUAAAAUUAAAAUAUUCUCUUUGCAUGUUUAAAAGUGGUAUUUUUACAUGUAUGCACAUGUAUGGGUUAUACCACAUACCCUGAGCAUCAUAUUAUACACAAACAUGUUGAGAAUUUAUAUCAGACAACUUCAUAAGCAAGAUCAAUAGUGUGUGCUAGCUUUGAUUGAUAUAAUGAACUAUGUCAAAUAAUAAUUAAAGCUAUUAACUGGAAAUUUAAAUAAGUAAUUGUUUAAGUAGUAUGUAUAUAUUAUAGUAUACAAAAUUCUAAGGCAAACCAGUAACUGGUACAGAUAUUUAUUGUAAUAAUGCUACUUCAACAUAUUUAUCUUAGUUGAUAUAAGAGAUCAAAAAUGCAAUCAAUAUAUUUAUGAAACUACAUACACAAAAGGCACUAAGAUCACUAAAUAAGAAUGAUUUUUUUUUUACAAUUUCACAAGAACAUAUAUUAUUUGGAUUGCAUUCUCUGUACUUGUGAAACUGCCAAAUCAAACAUUCCAAGACAAGCCUUCACAAUUUCUGUAGUUAAGACAGAAGAUAUGUUCUCACCAACGUGUUUCGCAUGCGUUAAUCUAGUCAGAUAAAGUGUGCAAUAUUGUCAUGUCUGGGAAUCCAGGCCUGCCAACUUACUUUGUAAUAGUAUGAAAUUAGCUGCUUAAGUAUACUGAGUUGUCAAACUAUUGCAACAUUUUGUAACUACAAUUUUUUUUUAAUAAAAGAAAAGGAAAA